GCAUGUUUCAUACGGUCUUUGAUAAUAGCAUUCGUAUAAGUACCAACCAGCCCUCAAUCAAUAACACUACCUUGUCAUCGUCCGCAUUACUUUUAAGUUAUAUUAUCUUCUCGCUCCGACGUUCCAAGAUGCCUACUUUCUACGAUCUCGAUCCAAAGAAGCCUUUCAGGCAGCAGUUAGAAGAAGAGACAGGAACUGUUGUCUUUACCAAUACUUUCACCAUUCCUGAAGGCAAAAUCGACGAAGCACUCGCAACCUGGAAAAGGACCGCUGAAAUCCUGAAGUACUGUCCUGGAUUUAUCUCUACCCAAAUGCACCAAGGCGUCGAUAGCCAUAUUUUGAUCAAUGUGUCCGUCUGGGAGUCGGCUCAUCAUCUGCGGGACGGUCUCAAUCGUGAGGAUUUUAAGGCUGUGGCCGAGUCUUUCCCUCAAGGUACUCAAUGCCGCGCCCACUUGUUCCGACGGCUCCACGUGGAAGGUAUUUGUGCUGCAUGAGCUAUUCCCUUAUCCACUAUUUCUUUCUAGUGACGACAUCCACAGCUUGAAUUGACCUAGUUUUCUGUCUUCCAAAGUUGAUUGUUUCCCUUGUAUUAGGCGAGCCUGAUUUAUUUCGUCCCCUGAGUGCCUCACCGAUAUUGACAACAGGUGGGUUAGGGUUAUAAACAAUACAAUCCUGUCCAUCGAAAGAAAAUAGCCCCCUCAGUUUUCAAUAUCUGUAAAGCGCCGUAUGGACGACUUUUUUGUUAAUAGAUAGAAAAACAAUAUAUUCAAAUUUCAAUAGAAAAUAAGCAUUUUGA